GAAGAAGAUUACUCCAUGAUAAUGGGAACAAAUGUUGAAGCGUCAUACAAUUUGUCUCAACUUGCUCAUCCCUGGUUAAAGGCUUCUGGAAAUGGGAGCAUUGUGUUCCUUUCAUCUGCAGUUGGGAUUGCUUCAGUACCUUCUUCUUCUAUCUAUGCUACCUCCAAAGGAGCCAUCAAUCAACUUACAAAAAAUCUAGCAUGUGAAUGGGCAAAGGACAAAAUUCGUGUCAACGCUGUUGCACCAUGGAUCAUUAGAACUCCUCCCAAAGAAUCAAUGAAUGAAGAUGAGAUGUUUAAAUGUUUAAUUAGUCGAGCUCCAAUUAAACGCAUGGGAGAGCCAAGAGAAGUUUCAGCAACAGUAGCAUUUCUUUGCUUACGUGCUUCUUCAUACAUUACUGGUCAAAUUAUUUGUGUUGAUGGAGGAAUGACAGUCAAUGGGGGUCCUUAAAUCAUGUUGUGGUUACAAUUGUGGAUUUUACUAUUCAUGAAGAAUCAAAAUUCUAACUAUAUAUUGGAAUAAAUCUCAAUACUUUUUCAUCGAAAAGUAUUUUACGAAUUUCAAAUUACUAGUUUAGUUAUAUAUA